GAGGGAGGGGAGGUGACAAAGUCCGCAUAAUUUCCUCCUUGUUUGGGCCCGUCCUGAGUUUACCCCACUCCCAAACAACAGAAGCGGAGGGUGAGCUUGGUGGAAGUGUCGGAAGCGGGCAGCUUUCCGUUGUGGAGCCAUACCAGUCAUUGGCCAUGUGGUUCUACCUGGCAGCCUUUCUGGGCCUCUAUUUUCUACUCAAGUGGUACCGUGAAAAACAGAUCCUAAGCAACCUGACGGACAAGUACGUCUUCAUAACAGGUUGUGACUCUGGAUUUGGCAACCUGCUGGCUAGGCAGCUGGACACACGAGGCCUUCAUGUCCUGGCAGGUUGCCUUACACAGCAGGGGGCAGAGAAGCUGAAAGAGGCAACAUCAGAACGCCUGAAGACUGUCCUCUUGGAUGUCACCAGCACUGAAAGUGUGGCCAGAGCAACAGAAUGGGUGAAGAGCAUUGUGAAAGACAAAGGGCUCUGGGGCUUGGUAAACAAUGCUGGCAUCUCGGUCCCCACUGCUCCCAAUGAGUGGCUGACCAAAGAGGAUUUCAGGAAGAUCAUAGACAUCAACCUUCUUGGUGUAGUGGAUGUGACUAUCCAUAUGCUGCCCUUGUUGAGAAAAGCCAAGGGGAGGAUCGUCAAUGUUGCCAGUGUAAUGGGCCGGAUAUCCUUCUUCGGUGGUGGUUAUUGUCCUUCAAAAUAUGGUGUGGAAGCUUUCUCCGACAGUCUCAGGCUUGAGACUUCCAGUUUUGGAGUGAAGGUCUGUAUAAUAGAACCAGGCUACUUCAAAACUGCUGUUACAGAUCCGAAAAACUUUGCGGACCACUUCAAUAGCCUGUGGGAACGGAUGCCAAGAGAGGCCAAACAGGCAUAUGGGGAGUCCUACUAUAAAGGAAUGCUCCGAGGAUCGCGCCAGGUACAAGACCAAUGCAGUUCUAAUCUCUCUCUGGUUACCAACUGCAUGGAACAUGCACUGACUGCCGUGUACCCUCGCACACGCUACUCAGCCGGCUUGGAUGCCAAGCUGUUUUAUAUUCCUGCAAGCUAUAUGCCAACACGCCUGAUGGAUCUGAUACUUGGUUGGAAUUAUCCGAAACCAGAACAGAACAACUAGGACAGUCAAGAUGGUUACAAAGGAAGAGCAGAUUUGUAUAGGCUCCAGGCUCACCAGCAUAGGGACCCUUUAAAAAUAUUUUAGAAACUUCUAAUUCUUACCUGGAUUCUGAUGUGUGUCAAGAUUACUCGGUCAGAGAGGCCCGCAAUUCAUAACCAUCCACAAUUCCCUGACUUCCCUGAUGCUUUAUUCCAGUGGGUCUGCUGUAAGGGUAACAGCCUGUCUAAACUGAUAUACAGUAUAGCUAUGACAUAUGGAUCGUCGAUAGCACUAUCUGGAUUGGGGAAAAAAAGCAUAUGGGUAAAAUACAGGAGGGCGAAAUUUACUGAUGGCUAGGGGAAAUUUCCCUGCCUAGAACCCUCCCCACCACUUUAAAUGUGCUACUUAAGCAUGUCCAGGGAGUUGGACAAACAGAUUCUUCCCUUCCUUCUCAGAUUUUAUUUUCUUAAUUGGUUUGGAGUUUCCUUCCACCCAUUUCCAUCAGAUACAGAGGGAGGCCAUGACUUUCCAGGUUUUACCUGGCAAACAGCCUCAAACCAAGAAUAUAUCAAGGUUUUAUAGGCUGGAAAAAUUACUUUUUUCACACCAAAGUUCCCAGAGUUGUAACCCACAAAAAUGACUUUUCCAAGUUGUACACUGAUUUAUGCCAGAUUGAACUAUGUACUGGAUUGUCUACAAGUCAGAUCAUAAGUUGAAAAUGUGUAUUUUGUAAUUGAAGAUGGCAAGGAUUGAACCUGCAAUUUUACCAAGUUUCUUGUUCCUGCUAUGGUACUAGCUGGGAAGUUUUUUUUUUUCUGAACAGAAAGCUAAGUGGAGCUAGGCCUUAAAACCUUUCAGUUUAGGCCUUUUGUCCCAGGUGAGCCACAUCUGGCUUGUCUGACAGGUAAAACCCCCAGAAUGUUUUAGUUUGUGCGGUUUGGAAUUUUAAACUGUGAGCCACCUGCUCAGAAACUUCACAAAUAAAUGUAGUAAAUAAAUAA